AUGUUUUUCUCUUAGGUCUUUCCCCCUAUAAGGUUUGAAAGGGCAGUCGGUCCCACACAAGUGUGGGGAAAUGUCAGAGAGUGAAAAAGUCAGUGAGAGGAAUGGUUUUGAUGCAAGUUCCUCAAACCAUGAACCAUCUAUCCCCAAGAAACCCCCAGAUCUCAAUCAGGAUGAUCUCAUCUUGGAGCAGCAGGCAAAAAUAGAGAAGGAGAUUGCUGCUUUUACUCCACUUGUGGGAGAAAAGGAGAAACUGUCUGUGAAGAUGGCUGAGGAAUACCACAGCGAUCAGGUGUAUUCUAGAAAGAUCGAUGACUUACAAACGAAGUAUGGAUAUAUCCGUCGAACUAGAGGUGACGGGAACUGCUUCUACCGGGCAUUUGCAUAUUCUUACUUCGAGAAUCUUCUCCAAGAUUCAAAGGAAUUAGCUCGGUUUCAAGAGGUGAUAAAGAAGACCAAAGAAGAUCUUAUGCACAUGGGGUUCCCUAAUUUCACUGUUGAAGACUUCUAUGAAACUUUUGAGGAUGUGCUUGAGAAGAUUGGUUCAAAGAUUUCUCCUGAUGAGCUGCAUUCCAUCAUGAAUGAUACUGGAACAUCAGACUACCUUGUGGUGUACCUACGCCUCAUUACCUCUUGCCACCUGCAGAAAGAAGCAGCUUUCUUUGAAAAUUUCCUUGAAGGAGAUAUUACCAUGAAGGACUUCUGCAGUCAUGAUGUGGAGCCGAUGUUUAGAGAGAGCGACCACAUCCACAUCAUUGCUUUGACAUCAGCUGUGAAGGUGGGCGUGCGUGUGGAGUACAUGGACCGAGGGGAAGGAGGGAAGGUGAAUGCCCACGACUUCCCCAACAGCAGCACCAACCCUCAGCAUGCUACCUGGAAUCUCCUCAACAACCAUGCCAUUGCUGACAGCAUCUUUAUGGCUGAAAGAUUGCUGGCUGAAAGCAAAACUGAGGAGAAUACCUUCCUAUUGGCCAGCUGCUUUUACCGAGGUGGUCGACCAGACAAGGCUCACUUGAUCCUCUCAAAAUUUGGGGGUGUAUCUCCUCACUCACGAUACCUCUUAGCCAAGUGCUAUCUUGAGCUUGACAGAUUGAAUGAUUCUGAAUCAGUCAUCCAAGGAGGUGGAAUGAAAAAUCGAAACCUGGAAGAUGUCAUUAAUGAAUAUGGAGACCUGGCUCCCUUUGUCCUUCAAAUACUGGGGCAGAUCUAUGCUCGUACAGAGCGGGAAAACAAGGCCAUUGAAGCUUAUCGCAAAGCCAUCAAACUCAACCCGCUCCUAUGGACCUGCUUCCAAGCUCUCUGCAACCUGGGGGUGGACCCUGAGCCAAGCAAAGUUUUCCAGCUUCCAAGUUUGGAUACUGGGAAUUCCAUUGUGACAUGUCAAAAGCUUCCAGUUCAUCAACAACACCUGCAUCAACAUAUCAUGGAUCCCUCAGCCUUUUCUACACCUGAAUUUACCUCAGUUGUCUCCAGUGCCCAAGGAACACCUUCCAGUCCUCUGCAGAAAGUAUCUCCAGAUAUUAUCACAAGCAAUCAGAACAAUGUGAAUGCAGCCCUGUCUGUAUAUCACAGUUCCAUAAAAACAAGCAACUCGUCCAAGAAGCAAAAGCAGGUCCGCUUUGCUGGCCUCACCUCCAAUAUCAUCAAUUCACCCGGUUUCACAUUUAUGACUUGGGACACUCCUGGAUCAGCUGAGAGCACGCAACAUCCCAUCUUUGGGACACUGUCUGGUGGAACACCAUUUGACAACAAGCAGACACAGCAACAAGCACAGCAGCAGCUACCAAUCAGGAAAGACAUGCAGUUAUUGCAGCUGGGUUCAGGGAAGUCAGUUCUCGCUCAGACUGGCAAUACUGUUCCAACUCCCUCAGGACCUGUCAAGAUAACACAACCUCAGAUUCGAAGAAGCUCCAGAUUGUUCUCCUCUUCCAAUUCAGUGAAGGAGAACAACAAAGCUUCAGCCAAGUCCCGUCUAUCAAAAAUCAAUGCUCCAACAAAGAAAAUCCGGACAAGAUCCUCAAAGAAUGAAAACAAGAAUGAGAAUGAGAAUGAGCUUGAGGGAAUUAUUGAUGAGAAACCAGAAACAAUCAUGCUGGAUGGAAAGGAUCUCAAGCCACCUGCAACUGUUCAUUUAUCCCGCUAUCACUGCUCAAAUGCAAUUGAAGUACUGAAUGCCCUGCCGCACCAGCAUUUUCAGACUGGUUGGGUCCUCUCAGCAGUGGGUCGAGCAUACUUUGAAAUGGCCAAGUACAAAGAAGCCAUCAAAUAUUUUGAGGAGCAGCGGGAAGUAGCUCCAUAUCACCUGGAAGGGCUUGAGCAUUACUCAACAGGCUUGUGGCACCUCCAGAAUGAGAAAGCCUUGGCAGCCCUGGCAUCUUCCCUCUUGUCCACAUGGAAGAAAGAUUCCCAAUCUUAUUGUGCUGCUGGCAAUUGCUUUUCCCUUCAGAAGGAGCAUGAAACUGCCAUCAAGUUCUUCCAACGAGCAGUUCAGGUAUCUCCAAGAUGUGCCUAUGCAUACGCACAAUUGGGGCACGAGUAUGUGCUGAUCGAUGCAUUGGAGAAGGCUCUCAGGUGCUUCCAAUCAGCCAUUUCAAUUGACAAGAGGAGCUACACUGCCUGGUAUGGGAUAGGUGUGGUAUUCUUCAAGCAGGAGCGUUUCCAGCUUGCAGAAUAUUACUACCGAAAGGCUCUAGAAGUGAACCCAUAUAAUCCCACACUCCUCUGUCACCUUGGCGUGACCCAGCAUUCUCGGGGACAGUAUGAGAAGGCAUUAAAGACACUUGAAGAUGCUGUGAAGCAGUAUCCAGGCCAUGUUCUAUGUCGCUAUCACUAUGCCUCAACCCUUGUCACACUGGAGCGGCUGGCUGAAGCACUUGAAGAGCUCCAACUCCUCCGGCAGCAAGUUCCCAGGGAAUCUCUCGUGUGCUUCCUCAUGGGCAAAGUUUACAGCCAGAUGGGGAAUGCCCCAAUGGCCUUGGCUCAUGUGUCCUGGGCCAUGGAUCUGGAUCCAAAGGGUGUGAACAUUCGAGUGAGAGAAGGCAUAGAACCAAACAGUCGUAUUGCUUCUGAAGACAUUGUUUCACCUGCAGGUCUUUCCUGUUCCUCAGGUACUGAAGGAAUGGUUGAAAGUUUUGGGAGCUUGACACCCAGCACCCCCUUGGGGGUGGACCAGAUGCGACUUGUGGAAGGGGAGAAUAGUGCUCAAUCCAGAGGAGCAGGGGCAGCAGGUCCCUCAGUGGGAGAAGAUGAAGAGGACAGAGAGCAACCUGGCUCUCUACAGGGUGAACUUGCCAUUGUGUCUGCAGCCUGCACGGGUGUGAGACUCCGUCGAUUGAAGGGAUCGGAGAUGCUGGGAAUGAGAACAUGUCAGAGGCUCCUGCCGCCUCCUUCACUUCUCUCCUCGAAGGAACUAUCGAAGCCACUCUUCGGAUGGUUGAAUGCCAUCUUCAACAUGGUCGACGAGAGCCGGAUCAAGGAAGUGGGAGCCGACCGCGCAUGCGCGGAGUGGCUCCUCCGCUGCGGUGCCUACGUCCGGUGGAAGGAAUACCCCGAGAAAUGGGUCUCGGAUUACAAUACNCGUCCGUGUUUGAACGAUGCAGGUGGUCUGAAACACGUGGAGGAAGUGAAGUUCCAUCGCUGUUCCUACUUGGAUGACGAGUCCCUGCCCAUGCUGAAACCCCUCGCCGAGACGUUGACGUCACUCGAGAUCGUGAGCUGCGGGAACGUCACGGACCGGGGUCUCGCGUCUCUCGGGCAGCUCAGGAACCUGAAGACGAUGUUUCUGUUCGACCUGCCGGCAGUGAAAGACCGGGAGGGAUGCCUCAGAGAUUUGGAACGGGAGUUGCCGUCCUGUCGAGUUGAGUUUCCUUCGGUAGAAGAGAGAAGUAAAUCUCCGGAAUAAGUUGUUUCCUUCGUUUGCAUGUGACGUCAGUGUGAUAUAAGAAAUGGACUGUGAUGGUGAUGAAAGUGAACCGGUGUUCUUUGCAAUCUUGUUUAUGCUUUCCAUGUCGUAAAGUGAGGAUGUUGGUGAUGAAAACCCUUGCCAGAAUCACCCGUGCGGUGUCAAUCGAGGAGGCCAUUCGAGUAUUCCCAACAAAGCAUUAUCAGAAGUGUGCUCCAGAGCAGAGGUAUUAACAGAUCCGAAUCUCUUCCGCAAAAUAUAUCGACCUGUCCCUAUCCUGUCCAUGAGACAGGUCUCCUGCAAUUACUUAUGUUGACUUAAAACACGAUGGUUUCCAGGGCUGUACAGACCGGG